AAAUUUAGUAUGUGUUGUUAUUUCUUUCAUCUCUCAAAUUUGAAAUUUGAAAAUAUUUAAAUAAAAUUUUAGUUAUUUAUUUAUUUAUUUGUUUUAUUUUUUUGAAAAAAAAAAAACGAAUCACAAUGACAUUAUUUAAGAUCGGAAUUAGUGUUAUAGGAAUAUAUGCGUGUUUCUUAACAUGGGGAGUAUUACAAGAAAGAAUAUCAACAACACCAUACGGGGAAAAAAAAGAUGGUAGAUUUCGAUAUUUCAUAUUUUUGAAUAUGAUACAAUCAUUAUUAGCAUCAACAGUAGCAUUUUCUUGUUUAACAAUUACUGGAAAAACCAUAAUAGAAAAUAUUAAUUUAUCAUUAAUUAAGAGUUUGAUUCAAGUUGCAUUUGUUGGUACGAUUGGACCACCUUUUGGAUAUGAAAGUUUAAAACACAUAGAUUAUCCAACAAUUAUUCUAGGUAAAUCAUGUAAAUUGGUACCAGUUAUGAUGAUGAAUGUAAUAUUAUAUAGAAAGAAAUUUCCAUUUUAUAAAUAUAUUGUGGUCUUUUUAGUUACGGUUGGAGUAAGCGCUUUCAUGUUAUUACAACCUAUAAGUGAAAAAAAGAAGACAAUGGCAUCAAAUUCAUUAUACGGUAUAAUGUUAUUAUCAACGAAUUUGUUAAUUGAUGGUAUAACAAAUUCUACUCAAGAUCAAAUUUUUCAUAAAUUCAAAAUAACGGGAUUACAAAUGAUGUUUUUUAUGAAUUUAUUUAGUGGAGCAUUUACAUUCUCUUAUUUAUUACUUAACUAUCCUGAACUGAAUAAUGCAAUUGAAUUCUGCGGUAAAUAUCCCGAAGUAAUUAAAGAUAUUUUAUUGUUUUCUCUUUGUGGAGCAGUAGGACAAUGUUUUAUUUUUUUCACCUUACAAAAUUUUGGUUCAUUGGUUGUAGUCACUAUAACUGUAACUAGAAAAUUGUUUACCAUGUUAAUAUCAAUAUUCUGGUUCGAUCAUCAUUUGAGCAUUGGACAAUGGUUUGCCGUUGCAUUGGUAUUUUCGGGUAUUGGAUUAGAAUCUUACAUUAAAAAAUUAGAUAAUAGUAAAAAUAAAUUAGAUAAAAUUCAUGAUAGUGAAAAGAAAAAAUAAGAGGGAAGAUGAGUCAUCCAUGAUUGUGAUUAUCUUAUAUUUAGAAAUAUAAAGUUAGAUUAGAUUUAAUAGUUAAUAAUAAUAAAAUAAAUCUCAUACUUUGGCGCGAAAUU